UGGAAAAUCAGGAGAUCGCCGCUUGAGAGUCAAUAGUCACUGUUCGACCAUUAAGACGAAAACCCCGUUGGGGAACAUUUCAAACUUGAAUUCGAGAGUCACAAAUGGGGAACAAGAAAGUGGUGAUUAUUGACUAUACAGAGAAAACGCAAAGAAAAGUUCUGGAUGCACAAAGUACAGAUUGAAGUCAUUCCACCCUAGUGAUCAAAUCUGCUGGUCAUCAAUGUCGGACUUUCCUAAAAUAUUGAUGCUUUUCCUAUUCCACGCAUCGAUGGACAAAAGCAAUGGAACAACUUGUCCGGGAUCAGUAAUAAAUAAUGGUACUAGCUGUCCAAAAAACCUAACGGAAUGGGAUAUAGCAUCCAAAGGUUUAAAGUGCGAGGCUAUUCCUGUUGCACCUACCUGUCCUUCUGAAUCAAAGUUAGUUUACCACUGCUUGUUGAAUCAAUGGAGCAAUGGGACAGUUGAGGUGUGUGCACCGCCUUGGUUUAUUUCAGGUUAUUGUGCAAUGUACAGUCUGGACGAAAAAAGAAUAAAAAAUAAUUUUUCAUUGGAUUGCACCAAUUUUAGUAAACCAUGUCCAGCAAGGUAUAUCUCAACAGAUGCUUAUAAAUAUCAACGUUGCUAUGAUAUUGUGCUGACUAAGACAAGGAAGGGAAAUGAAUCAAAAGAUGACCUACUGCUGAUACUUAUGGUAGUUUCAAUCUUUUUCUUACUUGUGGCUGGAACAGUGAUAACCGUGCUCUGUUUUAAAAGGAAAAAGAAUCGUAAAGGACAGGAAAUGAAUAAUUGUGAAGAAUAUGAAAAAAUGAAAGCUAAAGUCGAUGAUGUUUGUGCAGCCGAAACAAAGCAGAAAAAGGAUGAUGAGAUUAAGAAUUUUAUUGAACUUCACAAUAAACAGUCAAAUCCUCUGCUGUAAUAAAAAAAAGAAACCAUUUGAAGAUUUAACACGUGUAUCUUAAAUUGCCAGUAAACACAAUUUCAAAAUACAAAUGAAAAAUUACUCACUGUGUGGCAUUUAGCCAUGAUAAUGGUGUGGUUGUUUUGGGUCGGGGCCAUGGAAGACAAGAACCUCAUAAUACAAAAUGUCUAAUAGCAACUAAAAUGCUUAAAAGGCAAAUUCCUCACAGUAUAUUGCAAAUAUGUCAUAUUUACAUUUGCAAAUAUUUCUCUUAGAUAAACCUACUGAAAGGAAAAUAUGUUAAAUUUUGUAUAAACUUAUUUGGGGGUCAUACAUGUAUGUCAUAGCGCCACCGCAUCACAAGGUGAGAUGAUAUUUUGUUUACAUAUAUUUCUGUCUAGUUUAGGAAGACUAUGUUAAAUGCGAUGAAAAUGAUAAAAUAAAUGAAGCAUAUAGAUAU